AUCAGUUAUAAAAAUUCAGUGGUUCAAUUAACAUUAAAAAGUUUUAAAAAAAUGUUCAAACUCAUCACAAUCCUCGCUGUACUUCCAGCAAUUGCCUUCUCUGCAAGUCCAAUGUCAACAUGCCUUAGAACAAGUCAUCCACUUCCAACAGCAGUUUUCUUUGGUGGACGCGUUAGUCCAUGCCUUGCUGAGCCAUGUUCAGUAUUCAGAUCAGUUGGAUCUGGUACAACAUACAUCGACUUUACACCAAAUCGUCAAAUUACCGCACUUAGACCAGAAUUAAGAGCACGUGUAAUUGGACUUAAUAUUCAACAUCCACUUCCACAAGACAUGCAAGACAAUCCAUUCAAUUAUAUUAUCGGAUCAACAAACCCAAUUGCUGCCAAUACACCAGUCACAUUCAAUUUGACAGUUCCAGUUGAGCCAGACACUCCAUUAGUCUCAAGCACAAACAUCUUUACCCUUUUCGAUCAGAAUAAUCAAGUCAUUUUCUGCUACGAAAUCGCAACCGUUGUCAGAGCUUAAAUUUGGAAUUUUAAAAUGUCAAAGUAAUUAAGUGUGUUCGUCCGCACCCCAUUGAAGUUACAGUUGUGACCUGAUACACCUUAAAUUAUAUUGUGAAUAUAUUAUUUUUAUGUUUUGGUGAU